AUUUGCCCUAUUUCGUCUUUACAAAAUGAAGUUUGCAUUGUUUGAGUUCACUAGUGAUCUUAGUUGUGUGGUAGGAGAUUGCAGCUGGAUACAUGGACAACCUAAACUGGACCCUGAGACUUGGGAUUUCAGUAAAGAGGUCAUAGUCAAGUGGCCCGGAAAGCGAAAACAACAGACAGACUAUUAUGGAGCCAGGAUUGUGAAAUUUGGAGAUGAUAAGAAGACACUCGUGGAGUUUUUGGACAGUUAUGUGGCAACAGGCGACUGUAACACACCCACAAGAGGGAGAGAAGGUGGAAAAAGCAAGAGAAUGACCAAGAAAAACUCCAAGUAUGAAAGUGACGAGGAUGAUGAGGAAGAGGAUGAUUGCACAGCAAUAAAAAAGCUACCUCCAGCAAAGAAAACAAAAAGAAGCUUGGAUUCGACUUCUAUGUUGGCUAUCAGGAAGAAAUUGGAGGAAAAACUGGAAGAUGCAAUUAAGCCGCAAGAUGGACAAAUGGAAGUGAAUCCCAAUGACGAGUGUGAGCUUAGGAGACUGAAAGAAGAAAACAGGAUGCUGAAAGAGGAAAAUGAAAAUUUGAAAAGUGUGAUAGCCAACAUGAGAGCAUUAGCAUCAGUUGAGAGACUGGUGGGACAAUUAACAUCUGCUGUCAGUCAAGUCCAAGCAAUUGGCAACAGUUCCAACAGAGCAGUGACCCCAGCAACACCCCAAUCUGUAAAAAUUGCCAGCAGCUGUACAAGAACGCCAUCCCCUGCAACGCCCCAAACUGUAAUAAGUUCAAGCAACUCCUCAAGGUCUUCAUCCGCUGAGAGUGAUGACGAGAACAUGGUUCUUCUUUAUCCUGGACUGAGUAUCCACAGAGAGGAAAAGGCUCUUUUAGAGCGUAAUCGCGAUCCCAAAAAGUUCAUUUAUUGUUUAAUGGAUUUCCUGUGGUCCCGGGAUGUCCUGGCAACCCACAGUUUGACUGGGAAAUCAUGCAAUGCCCACAAGGACAAGGGAGCAAAGCCCCAGCUAAACCAAGCUAAAGUUGUUGCUAUGUGUGAUUACGUUUGCAAACGAUUUGCAAUAACGGACCAGGAGGCUAAAAGGGCUAUCACGGCCAAAUUAAACAAUGUCCAGAAAUUGAUAAGGAACUGAAGUGAUAGUGAUGCAACUACAGAUGGACAGAUUUUAAUGAAAACUGAUUUUGCACGUGACAUUUAUGAUCAGAAUUACUGAUGGACAGAUUUCUGUUUAAAUUAUAAAUUGUUUGGAUACAGCAUUUUUUUUACUUGAAAUUGUCAAAUAAAAUGUUUUUGAAGGUAUUUGGUGUAUUUAUGUUACAGGUUAUUUGAUAACACACACAUUCUUAGUGCAGCCACCUAACAGUUAAAUUUCAAUAAAGUUGAUAUAACCACCAUCCUGCACUAACAGCUUUUAUCUGCAUACAAAACGAGCGAAAUUCACAAACAUAAGUAUCAUUUGAGACAUACAAUCCUUAGAGGUUAUUUUUUAAGAUUCCAUGUCAAAAACUUUUGACAUUGGUAGAAGUCGUUACAAUACCAAUACAUUGCAGUUAAUUUUGCAAAUAUAAACGAAAGGAAUCAUUGUAUUGGAGCUUCGGGUAUUUCUAUAUGAAAUUGACAUAAACUUCCUACGGGUUCCUAGAGGAAUUCCUGUAGAAAUCAAUUUCCUAUAGGAACCUAUA